AUGGCGUUUAGAGGAUUGAUUCGGUCAUCGAUCUUUAGAAGGCAGCUGCAUGUGAUAUCAAGAUCAAGCAGUAACAUCAGACCAGCUUCUCCAACUCCCUCAAAGCUCAAACAAUACAACAUUCCUUUACAUGAUCGAAUGAUUCCAGAUUUUUAUAUUCCGAUGGUUUUCUUCUAUCCCGUCAACUCUAAUCACAGUUCAAAAGCAGUCCCUGAUAAUGUAUCAAAGUCAGAUCUACUCAAAAAGUCAUUGUCAGAGACACUGUCUAAGUACUACCCUUUUGCUGGUAGGCUGUGUUCUGGAUCCUACGUUGAUUGUAACGAUCAAGGCGUUCAUUUUGUUGAUGCCCAAAUCGGAUGUCAGUUGUCAGAGGUUCUGGAAAAAGCUCCUGUGAAGGAAGAAGAAGAAGGUUUAGGCCAUCUGUUUCCACCUCGCACAAUUUGGAAUCAGUUGUCUGAUCUUUAUCCUGGUAUGAUAAUGCAUGUUCAAGUGAAUCAUUUCACUUGUGGAGGAAUUGCUGUAGCCGUUAGUCUUUGUCAUCGUCUUGGAGAUGCUCUCACUUUUUGCUCAUUUUUAAGGUAUUGGGCAUCUUUGUCGUUCAACUCUGGUGAUCACCAGAAAUCAUUACAUCUAUGUCCACGUUUCGUGUAUGAGCUGCUGCCUCCGUCAUAUGACAGCGAUUCAAUCCCAAUUGUGUCAUAUCCAGAUAAGAAUUGGACCACUAAGGCGGUCGUGUUUCCCAACAGAAAGCUAGCAAAACUCAAGGCAGCAGUGGAAAAUGAAGACAAAGUAGACGGAGUACUAGAAGAUCAAAAAUACACCCGAAAUGAGCUUCUGACAGCACUCAUUUACAGAUGCAUUGUAGCAUCAGUAGCCAGAACAAAUUCAGGAACACAUGGUGGUUCAGCUUUGCUCCGGAGUGUUAACGUGAGACCUAUGCUUGAUCCGCCACUGCCAGAAACCAGUGUAGGGAAUUUCGUGAUUCCAAACUACAUUCUAACAAGCACGGAGAGUGAGACAAAGUACAGGACGCUGGUAGGACGAAUGCGGGAAGAGAAGAAGCAGCUAAAUGGAAUCAAAAGUUUGGAAGGGCAUGAAGUGGAAACAAAGUUAAAUGAGUUGAGUAAAAAAAACUACAGGUUCUAUGCUAUUAGCAGCAUUUGUAAUUUCCCACUGUAUGAUGUGAUGGAUUUCGGGUGGGGAAAGCCGAUCAAUGCUACGCUUGUGGACACACCGUUGGUUGAUAACAUUACUCUCAUGGAUACCGCAAAUGAUGGUAUCAGGGCUAUGAUAGGUUUAGGAGAGCAGGACAUGAAAUUUUUUCUGUCGCACAAAGAGUUGCUCACUUAUGCUUCUCUCUAA